AAAAAUGACAGUAAUACAACACAUGUUUGAUUGCUUUUCAUUGAAUGUGAAUGUUCCAAUGAAUAUUAUAUUUUGUACAAAUGUAUCAAGCCAUCAGGCAACUUUUUUUUUUUGAUCGGAAAUUUUUGUAAACUUUUCCAUAAACAUAAUUGUUUGAAAUACCUUUAACGUCAGCUUAAUGUUUAAGUGACUUUUGUAAUCAUGCUGAUUCAAUGGCUGUUCCAACACUGAAAUUUAAUUUAAGUGAGUUUCUGGAAGAGAUAAACGCAUUAAAAAAUCUUCUUAAAAACAAAGAUGAAUUAAUACAAAAUCUUCAGAAGGAACUUUUGCUCUUAAGAAAACAAAAUGAAACUUUAGAGACAUCAAAUUCCCUUCUGUUACAUGAUCUGUCUCAUCUGAAUGAUGCAGUAUCUUCUAUUUGGAAUGCUUUUUCGGAAUUACAUAGUAAUGAAGAUGUUAAAAAGAAAUUGGAAGAAGAAAAGAAGAAUUUGAAGUCACAGUUGGAAAUGGUAGAAAAGCUUCACCAUGAAGAAGUAGCAAAAAUGAAAGAAGAAGCAGAGACACUGAAAUUUGCGUACGAACUCGAGACAACCCGGUGCUCAGAAAGAACCCGGAGAGAAGAAUCGGAAAAGCUUAAAGAAUGUGCAAGAAAAUUUGCAGAAAAGGAAAAAGAGGUUUUCAAUUUGGAAGAAAAAAUUAGAAAAUUGAAUGCAGAAAAGGAGGAAGAAAUUUUGAAAAUUAAACUCGAAAAUGAAGAAAAGAUUGAGAAAUUGAAAACCCAACUGUCAAAGACUAAAAAAGCGUCCGCAUCUCUUGGCUUGAAAAAUGAUGAUGUAUUCAGACAGAAAUACGUGAAACUGGAGAAAGAGUCCCGUGAAGAGACGGCUCGAUUGAAGGAAGAAAUCGAAAAGUUGCGAAAUGGGGUUACUCGAGAUGACAACCACCCCUUGUUAUUAUUGCUCGAUCGUCCCGACGAAGAAUCGCAUACAGAGCUUAAAAGGAAGAGGCUAGAACCGAAACAUUUCAGUCCAAGAAAGAAUCCCGUCAAGGCAAUGGAGCCACGAAUUUUGCCUAAAAAGAAAUUAUUCAAUCCGAACUUAAACUAUUUUGAAAAAUAGGAUGUAACUGAACUUUUGUAUAUAUGAAGUUAUCUUUUUUCCCCUUGCUGAAUCUACUGAUUUUAAGGUGCAUAUUCUUCAGCAUAGAAUAAACAUCGGACUCGCCUUUUCCCCUACAAUGUCUGUUUGCCUUUUUUGUUAUUGGUUUUGAAACACCCGGAAUAAGUGAUAAGUAUUAUAUUUCUAA